AUGAGGAUUGUCCUUCUUUUAGUACUUUGUGGCUUUUCUGUCCAUUGCUGGAGUUGCGGAGAAGGAAAGUUCACAGAGGGACUUGCUUGGAUUAUUGCAGCACCAGCGGACCGUCAAAGUAUCAACAAAUGCUGUGUAACUCAUGACCAAAACUAUCAAAACUUUUGCAAUGGCAUCGGCUCUAUUUCUCUCGAAACCGCGGAUUUCUUGUUUCAAAGAUGUUUAGAAAAUACUAACAACAGGUGGGUUCGUUUUGUUGUAAAACCUCUUUAUACUGCAGCCGUUGGUAUCAACUCCUGGUGGAAGAAAAUCAUCAAAAAUCCAUGCUGA